CUCUGAGGGGAGUGGUAGAAUGAGAUGCUUCAUUUGUCUUAAUGACACCCCUCCUCCCUCCAUUGUUCUCAGCCCACUUCCAAAUAGCCUCUGCUGCUCGAAUUUACAAGAUCUGUUUCUUCUUCUGGACUCUGUUUUUAUUAAACUUGAAAGGACAGGACAUAUUAUUUUUAUUUUUGUAGAGGGAAAGAGCUAUUAGGCUUUCAAGAGCUGAAAAAAAAAAAAAAAAAGGAGGGAUCUAGGGGGUAAAACAGAUCAGCUGUUGACCUGAGUGUGUUCAGUGACUUCAUGCAGAGCGAAUUUCUUUCCACAGACCACUUAUCAACUUACCCUUUUAAAGUCAACUUCCCGUAAUCAAAUUGGCCACUGGAAAGACAGAGCUGAGUGGUUCUUGUCCGCCAGCAUGAGAGCUUCAGGGAAUAGGUUUGAGGGGUGGCCAGGUGUGCUGGAGCUGGAGCAAGGAGCGUUUAUCCUGCUCUGGUUUCACUGCUGUGUAUCCUACGAAUACUGGAGUAACCUCUCUGAGCCUCAGACUCCUCAUGUCAAAUGGAGUUAGAAGUCCUGCCUUCUGUAUCUCCAGGUGUGGUGGACCUCAGUUUUGAGGCCGAGAGUCCUUUGGCGCCGCCAGCUGAACUCCUGGAGAGACUGCCCAGCUAUGACUGGCUUUUUCAAAGUGGUGGACAGCAGAUAAUGUUCCCACCUUUGGAGGCUCCAGGGAGACCCCUGGAGCAAAGGUGCUGGUCCUCGUUCCUGGAGCACAGCAGAGUCCCCUUGGUGACAGAGGAAGUGGCCCGCGAAGCCCUCCUCAGCUUUGUGAGCUCCAAAUGCUGCUAUGGCAGCACAGCUGCUGGUGACCUCAUCAUCCAGGAGCUGAAGCAGCAGACGUUGUGCAGGUAUCGACUAGAGACUUUUAGUGAAUCCAGGAUAAGUGAAUGGACAUUUCAACCCUUUACUAACCAGUCAGUGGAUGGGCCACAGAGAGGGACCUCUCCCAGGCUUUGGGACAUCAAGGUCCAGGUCCCCCCGAUGUUUCAGGAAGACACGAGGAAGUUCCAAGUCCCUCAUUCGUCACUAGUCAAGGAAUGCCACAAAUGCCAUGGGCGCGGGCGUUACAAAUGCAGCGGCUGCCACGGGGCCGGCAUGGUGAGGUGUCCCUCCUGCAGUGGAGCCAAGCGCAAAGCCAAGCAGUCCCGGAGAUGUCAGAUGUGCUCGGGGUCUGGCAGGCGGAGGUGCAGCACGUGCUCAGGGAGGGGAAGCAAGACCUGUGCCACCUGCAAGGGGGAGAAGAGACUGUUGCACUUCAUCCAGCUGGUCAUCAUGUGGAAAAACAGCCUGUUUGAGUUUGUAUCUGAGCACCGGCUGAAUUGUCCCAGGGAGCUCCUUGCCAAAGCCAAAGGAGAAAGCCUCUUUAAGGACGAAAACACUGCGGUGUACCCCAUUGUGGAUUUCCCGCUGCGGGAGAUCUCUCUGGCCUCCCAGAGGGGCAUUGCGGAGCACAGCGCUGCCCUGUCCCCCCGGGCCCGAGUCCUGCAGCAGCGCCAGACCAUUGAGCUGAUCCCCGUCACGGAAGUCCAUUACUGGUACCGGGGACAGACAUAUGUCUACUACCUCUAUGGCACUGACCACAGGGUACAUGUGGUGGACUACCCGGACCGGUACUGCUUUGGCUGCACCAUCAUCUGACAGGGCACAGCUGUCUCCACGGCCUGCCAGUCUCGUUUGCCACGGAGCACAGCCGAGGUCCCCGAGCUCACUCAUCGCUGGCUCCAUUGAACCAUCUUGUAUAAACCCUGGUGUGUCCUUUCAGACAGUUCGGCUUAUCAUCUGUCAAGCCACAAGUCUUCCCCAGAGCUCGCCUGGUGGAAUCCAGCACACGUUUAACCUACACACGUUUCUUCACAACACAUCAUUGAAAUGGCCGGGGCCACGCCUCUGGUCUCGAAGCCAGCGCCCCGAUCGAGCGUGCAGUUUGAUUUUGCUUCUUCCUUGACUUGCUUGCCUCAGUUCUUUUGUGCCACUGUCAGUGCCUUUGGCCCAGCUGAGCGUUACUGAGAUGUUUAAAGGUCUCCUACAGAUUGGCUGCCUCUUAAUGCAUACCAAAGAGUGCUCUCGAAGCAUCAAGAACAAAAUUUAGGGGUGCCUGGGCGGCUCAGUUGCGGAAGCAUCCAAUUCUUGAUCUCAGCUCACGUCUCGACA